AUGAAGCUAUCACUCGCUAUCCCCAUUACCCUUGCUUCGAUUAGCCACGUUUUAGCUGUUUCAGCAACCCAGAAAGCAGAUGCCGGAAAGUGCUACCCUCUGGAUACUACUUUCCAGCUCAAUGUCCCACACAGCUUGAACGGUCUCCCUCCCAUCAACUACGCUGGCUACAUAUGGAGGCUUCCCAAGGCCACCAUCCAGGGCAACCUCGUCUCAUUCUUUGGCAAUUUCCACAACAACCAGACCACAUCGUCCCAAGUCACCACCGUCACAAACUCCACAUCGGCCUCCGAUGGAAGCUCGAUGAGCAGUGCCUCCAGUGCAGCGAAUGGGACGACAGUUGUCUCGACCACGUUCUCAAGCGGCAAUGCAUCGAGCGCUGCGGGAGCUGCUCAAGGCCUCACAAGCAAUGACUCCUCAUCCUCCAGCGGCAAUGCAAACUCGACCGCCAUCUCCACCGCAGCAGGCGACGUCAGCAUCGUCACAAACGCAACAGUAGCCAGUGCAUCAAAUGCCCAAUCCGUUCAAAAUGAACGACAAGCCGCCGCAGCAACAAGCUGUGCAGCAGAGAACGAGCACGCCAGCGCCUCAGCCAACGAAAUCACCACAGUCACCUUCACCAGCGCCAAUGGAACACGCAUCGGCAGUGUUGCUUAUGCGGCAUGUUCUGCUGGCGUUGUGGCACCUUCGACUGCAGAUGGUGUAAGCAGUUCUUCUGGCAGUCAAGCGAGUGUUGGCGGUGUUUCUGCUACGGUGACUUGUGAUGGCUCGACCACUACUGUGAGUGAUGGAAACUCUUCUUAUGCGAUUACGGUUAGGGGUGUUUACUGUCAGACUUCGGGGUUUUCGGGUGCUAUUGUUGGACAGAGGGUUGCUCAUGCCGAGGCUGAAUGUUGA